AUGAUUAUCUUCACAAUUGAUUUGAAAUUGCACGAUCGUUGCGUUGUGGUGGUCGGGACCAUGGAAAAGAUUAGCAAUUGUGUUAUGAGUAGACGACAGAUUAACAAGCAGCUCCGUCUAGCGGAGGAAGGAGACCUCGAAGGAUCAGUCCCUGCUCUCGGGGAGGGGGAAGAAGAGCUGACGGUCGAGGAAUCUCCCAAGCGGUAUAAGAACGUCUUCGCAGCAGCACUAGAUAGUGACGAUGAUGAUGAGUAUACCUCUUCGAGUGACGAAGAGGAGGAGACGAUUCCGGCAGCGCCGGCGGUGGUGACAGAGAAGAGCAAGACGCCGCAGAAGCAUACCCAGAAGAAGAAGAGCACUCCUCCACAGCAGCGAGGCAAAAGCAGUAAAGCUUCGAAGGCUGACGAGAAGAAGAAUUCGCCUGCAUCGACGACAACAGCUUCAUCCGAGCCAUUGCUGAGGAUUGCUCGUGGCAAUCUAAAUCCACAGACUGAGAUCAAGCGCAUCUUCGGUUCUGAGGCUUAUAACUUGGGAGUUCGAGCUGAGAACACUGCUACUCACUCGCACAAUCGAAUCAUGAACCCCCGGGGGAUGGGGGUGGCGACAGCUGCUCAAUCCAGUGCGAACUUAAAGAAGAAGUCGUGGCUGUUGCAUGGUUGGCCUAUGAACCAGGAGGAGGAGAUGUGGCCGAGCCCAGCUGCAGUGAAGGAUGCGACGCUGAUGAUGAAAGUAUACUCUCCGUCAGGGAGCAGUACAUCCAGUGGAGAGGAUAGAGCUCAGUUCUAUCUAGAGCCGAGCAACUCUUAUUUGAAGUCUAUGGACACCUACUGCGAAAUUAUACUGGCUAUCACUGACCUCUACCGGGAGCAUCGGGAGUUCGAGCGUGCCGGGCAGCUCUUGCGGCGAGGGCUGUAUGUCCUACAAUGCAGCACUCAUCCCCUAUUUGAUCCUUUCAUGGAGUCUAAUACUGGGCACAAGAAUCAGAAGAAAAACAGCAGCGGCAAGAAGCGACAUGCUAGGGGCAAGCAUCCUACCGGUAACGAAGAAGUGGGAUUAGUAGCCUCACUGCGGCUGUCCAAGGAGGACCCUUACUACUGUUUCACAAUCCUCGCAUUAAGGACUCUGUUGGUUCACGGUCUGCUACUGGCUGGUCAAGGCUGCACUCGUACAGCUUUGGAGAUUUUCAAACUACUACUGCUAAUGGAUGUCGAGAAGGAUAGAGUUCAUGCCCUCAUGCACCUUGAUACUUAUGCUAUCCGCAGCCACGAAUACGAUUGGCUUCACCGUUUCGUAGCGUCCUACGCGUCAUUGCCACCUGCAGCUCCUGAGGAAGUUCAAUACUCAGCUCUCGAUCUCGCAAUGCCAAACUUCGCAUUCUCGGAAGCGUUGGCGCGAUAUCAACAGCUACCGACAGCCGAGGAGGCUUCAGCCGCUAUACCACGGGUCACGGCCGAGGACUUGCGGAAAACGCUCAUCAUCACUGAUGCUCCGACUGGCGACUCGGCAUUAGAUGCUUCGGUGGCGCUCAUGAAAGCCAUACUUCUGUUCCCGUAUACUGUGCGAACACUGUUGAUAGCGAUGUCAACUCCUCUAUCAGGACCGGGGCAUAAACCUUGGGAAGAUUUGUUUAGGAACCCCCCGUUCUCGGAUGCUCGAACAUACUUCAUGCAUGCAAAAUUCGGCUCGAUCCACCUCCUUAUGGGGGAAGCUUAUGCCGAGAAGGCGUGGCAAUUAUGGAAACCCGAACAGUUGCAGCAGUGGCUCUUCUCUGUCUGUCAACGGCUGGUUGAGCUGAGUCCAGACCUGGAGCUUGUUAGAAGGCGAUGGUCUACGAGCACUCUGCCUGAUCUAGUCGGAAGGUAUUCUGACAUUUCCAAGUCGGAGUUCACCGUCAAUUCUCCGAUGCUUCCAAGGGCUCUCUUUGAAGCCGACAAUGAGUUGUUCAAAACUUAUGGAACUGAUCUCCGUCGUGAUGGAGGAGAUGCCAGUCGAGCAAAUGUAUCCCUAGAGUCGAAUCCUGUUGUCGCAUUUCUCCAAAGCCUCAUGCCAUGGUCACGUGUGGAUUACACUGGUACUGAAGCCGAACCGAUAAACAUCACGGCUGGCAUUCGAGGAGCUCUAGAUCGGAUCACCGAACGGUUGGGUCUAGGAGGGGAACCUCAGCCUGUGGAUGAAGGAGAGGAGGAAGAGGAGAAUGGGAUGGUGAACGACUUGGGAGAUCGAGGGAAUCUCGAGAUUGAUGAUGAUGAAGAUCCACUAAUACAACGGAUCCUUCUAGAAGAGGCCGCUGGUAACGAAGCACGACGAGGCAGAGGAGCGUCAUCAUCAUCGAGUGAUUCGGCCGUUGAGGAUAUCCAAAUGGAUUGACGUCGUUA